CGCGGAACGGAACUUUAAUCCCUGGCGGAACGUGCGACCUGUAAUGUUCCGCAAGACGAAUGUGUGACGUCGACGGUGAAAGCGAGGGGUAAAUUGGCGCUACCACCAACAAAACAAGAAGUAUCCCAACGGCGCCAUCCAAGGGAGCUGCCUAUUCGUACGGACCAGUACAAAAGGCCACCGAAUAGAACCGAGACCGAGAACCCCGAAACCAACAACCGGCCCCAUUCACCAUGCCGUCAACUCGCAAUACCGCCUCCGAUGUCCCGGACAUGAAUCUCUACAAGCUCAACCGGGUUCACCGCACGCUUGACAAAUUAAAGGAGAAGCAGGAAUGGGAGGCAGAAGACACAAAGUCGUUUGACUGCAUGCACUACCUGGGCGACGAGGCGAUUAAAAAUGCUGCCAAGGAAUUGGGUCUACAAGCCGCUGAGCGGGUGCUCGAUAUCGGAUCCGGGUUCGGCGGCACGGGCAGAUACCUCUACCGACACUUCGAUUCUACAACAGCGGGCAUUGAGCUGCAAAAGGAGAUUCACGACAUUGCUCAGACCAUAAACGAAAAAUCGGGUGCUGGGGCAAAUGCGACAUCCACUAACGGCAACUUCCUCGAACUUGACCCAGCUAAAAUGGGCGCGCCGUUUGACCACAUCGUCUCAUUCCUGUGCAUCCUGCACAUCCCGGAGCGGGAAGCCCUGUUCAAGAAAGCACACAGUGUCCUCAAGCCAGGAGGCAACAUGUACAUUGAAGACUUCUUCGCCCGCACAACUCUGGAUGCCAAGACCCUCGAAGUCUUGAGAAGCUCGGUUUCCUGUCCAGACUUGCCUGACAAAGAGCAUUAUAUCGCAGAGCUCGAGAAGGCUGGAUUUGAAGUCACUGGCUGGGUUGAUAUGUCGACUGUCUGGUCCGACUUUGUGCAUGAGCGUGCGGAAGCCUACAAGAAAGAUCCAUCGGUGGAUGCUGAUCUCACGGCAUUCUAUGAUGCUGUAGAUGAAGUUUUCUCUGGAGGUCAGGUUGGAGGCACACGAAUUACAUGUCAAAGAAAGUAAAAGCUUCGAUUGCUUGUUUAUCUUUUCUAACUUGUGUUGAAAGCUUGUUAGUCAAGAUCCUGCACUGAGAGAGGGAAUUGUUACGGCUAGGACACAAUCAUGUGGACUCUGUCUUCGUGAUGUGGGCGUUGUUUUCUGACAGAUGCAUACAGUCUGGCAUCUCAUCAUGCUCUAGAACUAGAUUCUGAAACAUAGCCACGGAGAAUUUGCUUACAAUGGUCAAAAGUGCGGUAGUUUUCUCGCGAUAAUCCAUGCUGCAAUUAAGCCUAGGUUUCUCCGUUGGGCACCAUUCCUUACACCUUGGGUCAUGAUAGAUAAUCCGGUAUUCCGAAAGUGUGCACACAUUGGCGCAAGAAUUAGCUGGGCCUUCGGCGCCGGGAAAUAUUUACGUGCCACCCAGUCGCGAUCCACGCCCCCCGCGGGCAAUCUUGGUAAAUAAGACCCGAGCUUCCUGUUAGCCCAAGUCAAGAGCUUCUCG